UAAAUUUUGAUGUAAAAAUGGUGGACGAGGCGACCAAGAGAACGGUAGCUUCCAUUCCGACUUUAAAAACAAAAGCUGGACCUCGCGAUAGCGAUGGUUGGGUUCAGAGGUUAAAAGAAGAGUACACCAGUCUUAUUAAGGUAAAAGUUAUUAAGGCAAAGAAAUAGUAUUCAGCGGCGUGUUCAAAAGCUUACGUGUCCAAAUGAAAUACCGGUAGUUUAGGAACUUGUAACCUUAUAGCAAGUGUAUUUUGUUGUAGUAUGUGAGUAAUAACAAAGAAGCAGACAAUGAUUGGUUCAGACUUGAAUCCAACAAAGAAGGAACCAGGUGAGGCAUUCCUUUUCUUUUUAAUUUCUUAAGAUCACAAUCAUUUGCUUAGAUAACAAUAAAUUUCAUUUAAUAUCAUUCAUUCAAGGUAUUGCUUCGUUCUGAUUGGCUGAAAUACACUGGCCAAUUCUUUAAAAUCAGCCAGCAUUGACCAAAUUUGUGAGACGUUUGCAAUAUCCAGUAAAAUGACGUUGAUAGUAAAUGAUUGACAGAACAAGGGAUGGCAACAGAGAAGUCCUGGGUACAAAGUUGUGUUAGCUCAGCUGUUUUGGUAGAGCUGGAGAAAAUGGCAGAAACAGGAGAAAAAAAAUUUCACACGUUUUGCGAAGAAGAAAUAGUGAAACUACUGCCCAGAAGCAAAAAAAGAAAAGCAAAAAUGGUGGGGUCCACAUAAUUAAUGUGAUCUUUUUUAUAACUAGAAAAGGUCAUUGACUCCAAAUUUAAGAAAAAGAGAUGUUCUCCAACAAAGUAUUAUAUUUAGGCCCCCAAAAAAGGUUUCUUGACCUCAACAGGGUAACAAAAUGUACAGAUUUUGUCUUAAAAAGGGUGGGGGUUUGAAGACUUCAGAAGCAUACUUCCCUCCGUUGCCUCCUUACCCCCUCCCCAGGAAGUUGCCCAAUCCUCAUAGCAUCAGGUAGAAUAUAUUGGAUGUUUCCAGAAACAGUCCAAUCCGCACACCAAAAACGGUCAUUGAAAAGAUCACUAGGAGGAGGGUCUUGAAGGCGAAAAAAGACAGUAAGAACCUUAAGUGAAAGGUUCAAACUAGUAAACUGGUAAACCUUCCAUGUGGUGAGGGGAUGACGAGGAAGUAUGGAUAUUUUCUGAAGCAACACAUUGAGAGUAAAAACCAACAAUAAUAGUGCAUCAUGCUCACAUUCCUAUUUUUUUUUGCUUUGGUACUUCAGACACCUCUCUUACCAUAAUUUUAUUCUUCAUAUUAAGCAUAGUUUUGAUUUAUUCGUAGAUGGUUUGGGAAGUGCUGGUAUAUCCACAACCUCCUUAAGUAUGAAUUUGAUAUUGAAUUUGAUGUAAGUAUUUUAAUGGUUCUAUAAAAAAUAUAUUGACCACUAGCCCAAAAGGAACAUGAUAGGGUUAUUUAAUGCAUUUGCAAUAAUCCUUAAAACAUAAUAAAUACACUCAACACUUCUGCCUAUGGGCAUGAGUCUGUGAACACUUUUGCUUUCUAAUUAAAUGCCAUACCAACUGUAUUUCCCCAAAUAAUCGCCUGGGUGCUUAUUUCAAAUUUCAGCAGGGAUCAUAGGGCGCCUAUUCAAUGGGGAGCACUUAAUCAAGGGGGUGCUUAUCACAUUUUCCUUAGAACGAAGUAGAGAAUGGUCAAGUUGUUCCAGGGGGAGGGGGGUGGUACUGACAUAUAUGGGCUAUAUAGAAAUUACUUCACUCACUUGUUUGCAGCGCUCACCCGUUCGUUUUCUGAUACUUAACCCGGUUUUAAAUUUAACCCAGGUUUCUUUUUCUUGUGUUCUAAAGCAUUUUCUAGGAUAAUUUUCUCUGUUAUUUUGAGAGCUUCCUAUCAUCAUCUUGUAGACAAAAAGAAUUAAAACUGAAAUGCUCGUUAAGCUUUCAAAUCUGAAUUAAAAUCUCGCCCUAACCCUGGGUUAUCUUAACCCAGCUUUGAACAACUCGACCCAGGACUACACAUAUCAAGCAAACCCUUCUCAUACAAUAUUUUUAACCCUUCACUUGUCAAAGACACUGAUGCUUUGGGUUUAUUCCCUUUUCCUUACUUCAUCAGCUGUUUUUGCUUGGAUUGAAGAACUUUUCUGGUUUUCUCAAAGACCAAGUCGUUGAUUAUGCUGGCAGAAUAGCCCUUUUUCUUCAAAUGUCGUUCGAAGUUGGCAUUAAACUUCGAAGAGAGGGAAGUCGCCUCGUACUCAUUGCCAUCUUUAGUGCGGAUGGAGAUGAUAAAUUCGCUAAUGUAUUCAUUCAGCUCAGCCGCUGGAAUAUCUUCAAUUUUCCGGUCUUCAUUCUUCAUUUUCAAAAAUCUUUCAACAAUCUUACAUCUUGUUCAGCUUUUUAAGCGGUAUUUUUGUUUUCGUGUUCCAAAAAUAUAUUCUUCAACCAAGCAAACAGAAGCAAACCUUCCCUCGCGCAUUUUCAAAGUGUGCGGGUUUUUGUGCAAAUAGCUCUUGGGUGACAUUGUCUUCAGUAUGUUCAUUCAUCGUAAGUGAAAUUUCAUGGUUGGCGUUGCUGAUUGGGUGAAUGAUAGUUUUUCACGGUGAAAUUUGGUCGUUUGUGCUCCUGAUUGGCUACGAGCAGAGUCAGUGCGAAUUUUAUUCACUAUGAUUUUUGUGGAUAAAUCUCAAUACCCAUGAAAUAAAUAAAUAGGUUUGUACCGCUGUGAAGGGUAUGGUUUUCAAGAAGUUUACUCUGAGAUAGGGUAUAAAAAUCAGAGAGUUUGGGACUAGAAUAGGGUAUCAUUUACCAGGGAACUGAUCAAUUGGUUGAAGAUUGUAGUCUAGAUUGGGGAUACCAGGAAUUGCCAUUCAUUAAUAUAAAAAGAUCAAAUCAGCAUGUUAAAAAUUAUGCAACUCAGCCUAAAACUACUCUAGGAUAGAGGGUAUUUGUGGAUUUUAGUCUAGUAUAGGGUCGCAAAAUUCAGCUGAACUAUCUCUGGUGGGUGUAGGCUAAGGGCUCCAGGGUCUCAGCAGCAUGUCCCCACCCAAAAAUUCUAAAUGUCCCCCCCGGGAGUUGUUCCUAGGAAGUUUAUGGCAUCUACCAAUAACAUGGGCAAUAGGACAAAAAUUGAAAGAAGAGGCAACACACAUAAAGGAACUCUGCAUAUAGAUAUAGAAAUAACUGGAAGUAACGUCAUGGAAAAGAAACUAUUCUCCCAUACUGAUUCUGCUGUAGUCAAAGCCUAAAAAUUUAUUUAUUACAGAUUCACUCCACUACAUUACAAGCAAAUAAUGAAAUGAAAUAAGCUAAGACUGCUAUAAGAAAAGAAAAGAAAAAAAAAGUUGUGGAGAAGGAGACAACCAAAAGCGCCAAUGUGACAUACUGGGGAUGUCCCCACUAAUUAAAAUAUAAGAAAAAUAUAUACAAAUAGAAAUAUAAAUGUUCUAGUUAUAAAGUUAUAAAGCUUAAAACAUUUCUUUUAAAAGUUGCAAUACUGUUUGAUUCUCUAAUAUGAUUGGGUAAACCAUUCCAUUCAUCUACAACACAGUUAAAAAACCUAUAUUUAAAACCAUCAGUUCUACUAACAUUUGGAACAAGGUCCUGUGUGUCAUUUUUCCUUAAGUUAUAACCUGUAAUUUCUGUCCUUACAAAAUAUGAGCUUAUUUAAAAUGUCAAUAUCAUAAUGCCCAUGAAUUACAUUAAAAAAAAAUGUAACAUCUCUAGUGAACCUCCUAUUAGAUAAUGACAACAAUUUUAGCUUAGAUAGUCUAGUAUCAUAAUCAUCAUCAGACCUAGUGAUCCAUCUAGUAGCUCUUCGCUGAACAGCCUCCAAUUUAUCAAUGUUAUCAAUGUUAAAAAUAAAGUGGCCGUAGAAGCUGAUUUUCCUUGUAUCGCUGCUAUUUAAGUGCUAGUGGAUGGGAGGGGGUACUUAUUCCAGAUGUGAAAGAUUAGCACUAUUUGUUUUAUCCAGUAGAGUAGAAAUUUGCACAAAAUUUUCAUAUCAGUGUGUUCAAUCAGUAGCUGUAUCAUAAUGUCAUUCUUUUCACAGAUUCCAGUGACAUAUCCUACAACAGCACCAGAGAUAGCCAUUCCAGAACUUGAUGGGAAAACUGCAAAAAUGUAUAGGUAACUAAUGGCAUUAUUCAUUAAAAUUCUUACUUGACUUCAAAUGGUGAGUGCUCUCAAUAUAAGGAUACAGUCAAAACACCCUGAAGCAGAAGCAGACACCAUUAACAAACUGAUAAAUCGUCCCCAACCAGAGCUUUCUGAACUGACCCUAGUAAGCAACCACUAGUAAUAAUAUGAAAAAAUAACUGCCCACUUUUUGGAGAUUGCAUUAUUCACAUCAAGUGUUGGAAAUAUACAGUCGACUCCCAAUAACUCGAACCUUCUAGGGAAAUUGAAAAGAGUUCAAGUUAUCGAGAGUUUGAGUUUUUGGGAGUUUGAAGCAAAUUACUGAGAAUAAGGAAAUAAGCAAAUGGGUGGGGAGAGAAUACAAGUAUCACACUUCACUUCAAGGGCAGCAAGAAAUAAAGAUUGAUAUUUUGACAAGGGAAUUGAAGCAACAAAGCUUGAGUAAUGUACAGGGCUGGACACUGUAUUUGAACUGGACUGACAAAGAAGUAAAGACAAAGAAUACAUGGUUGUUCUGAAAUAAAUUCAAUGUUUCGGACUGCAGAACCUUAUCAUCUUUUUGUCACGCUCUUAAAAUGUAGUUCGGGUUAUCAAGGGAUAGAAAUGAUCUGAAGGGAAACAAAAAUAAUGCGUCGAGUUGGUGGGAGGUUUGAGUUAUCAAGGGCUCAAGUUACCAAGGGUAAAAUUAUGUAAAUGUAUGAAGGAAAUCCAUGGUAAAUCCUUUUUAGUCUGAGUUAGCCUGAGGUUUGAGUCAGUGAGGGUUUGAGUUAGUGAGGGAUCCAGUUACCAGGAUUUGUCUGUCGGAUUGAAGGAAAGAAAAGUUGAAGCUGUUUUUCAAUAUUGGAGUAAUAUGACGUAGCCGCCAUUUCUGUCUCCUUUUAGAAAAGCGGGAGAAAUGCUGGAGACCCAUGGAGUGGGGGGGGGGGGUGGAGAGUAGUGCUGGGAAGGAAACCCACCCCUCCCCUGCCCCUAUUUUUUUUUUCUCACUCUCAUACGUCUCCCACUCUUAACCGGCUCGGCUAAAAGGAAAGGGAAACCACUGCUAUGCAGGCUAUAUGGGAUUUUUUCAAGGUGACCUUAGGUAGAGUUUCAUCUGUUGUCUGUUUGCAAGAGUGUCUUUUAAGAGAGUUUUGCUUUUCUGAAGCCUGCUUCCACUUUUCUUUUUUCUCUUUAUUCCAUUUCAGGGGUGGCAAGAUUUGUAUGACAGAUCAUUUUAAGCCUCUCUGGGGUAGAAAUGUCCCUAAAUUUGGAAUAGCCCAUGCCAUGGCUCUUGGGGUAAGUAAUAUUGUUAAACGUUGACUUAAGCCCCAAUAUCCACACUCAAAUUCUCCCGACUGAUCUCUUUACAUUUCCCUAUAGAAUUAAUUAAGAGAAUUUGAUAAAAGAUCAAAACAUUUUUCGCUUAGGUGAUCAUUUCAUUAAUUCUCCUAACCUUUUCUCUUGAUUAUGCAUUGAUAUGGUAAGGAGAAAAUUGAUGUUGGUCACUCUUGGGACAUAAAGGGUUAAGAGGCCAAAGAAAAAAAUCCCAAGAAAAUUCAACUUGCUUUUUGUAAUAACAAGUACGCUUUUCAGCGGCAUUCAAUCUUGCUAAAUUGGAGAUUAGAUUGAGAAAUGACGAGGCGAUCAAUUCUACACAAAACAGGAUUUACUCGCUAAAGGUUUCUUAUGUACUUCAUACUUAGGGACGUUGAGUAUUCUUCAGGAUAUUUACUUUUUAUUUGUUUCUGAAUUGAUUUAGAAUGCGUGUGAGCGGCGAGCGGAAAUAUGUGUGCAGUCGCAGGUUAUACGCGUGCAUAAAUACACGAAACUUCAAACAUUUGCCAGGAAGAAAAGCACUACAGUAGUAGCCUGGUAACUUGAACUCUGAAGGGAAAUGAAAAACAGUUCGAGUUAGUGGGAAAUUCGAGUUAUCAAGGUUCUACUGUAAUACAAUGAUGCUGAAACAAGAGACUGAAUUGUGUCCCUUGAAAAGGCAUCAAUGACUUUUUUGUAUGAAUGGCUGCUUAUAAAAGUUGUAAUUGCAGGGUUUGUAUGGUGAUAAAAAUUGGGUUUUAUCAAGGUGGCCAUAAGGAACUGAGGAGAAUUAACCCUUUAAGCCCUAAGAGUGAUCAGCGUCAAAUUUCUCCUUGUUAUACUACUACAUGAGAAAUUUCUGCAAUUUGAUUGGCUUAGAGCAGUGGUAUUUCAGCUUAAUUUGAAAUACCUACAUGUGAAAAUUACAAACCUUUUGCGGGUAGUAGUAUAAACAAAUAAUAGCAGGAUUUGUACGUGAUAUUUGGCAUAAAUACCACUCGUGAUAUUUCAAAAUUGUCUCAAAGGCGGGAAAAACACCGCCAGGUCCAGCCAGUUUUCUUUUUUUUCAGCCUCGCCAACAACGGCUCGUGAAAAUUACGUAUAACAAUUUUUUUGAAAUAUCAUUCAGUGGUUUUGAGAAUUUUAUGAGUACCGAGUCGACUGUUUUGGUUCGCUCCGGUUAUUCUUUUGUUGCUGUUGAAGUGAAAUCAUAACAAAACACUUAAUGUCAGGUCCCUCGGAAACCAGUUACUAAUAUCAUUGCUUUGUAAAACAGAGUGGUCAUGAGAAUUGUUAACAUGAUCGCACAAGAUGAAUUUCCGUGGUACUUGCAAGUGGUCAGAACUAAUCUCUUCUGAUAAGGACAAAAAACCAUACUCCCUGUCUUGCAGCACUUUUACCAAUAAUUUUACUGGUCUGACUUUUGUGGGGCAACAGAGACUUACUAAGGGGGCAACGGUCGCUGGCAGUGAUCUCUCUAAUUUGCCAUUUCCAGGAAAUGCUUCAAUUUAUUAGAACUCAGGAACCAGUUGCAAAAUAUAAUACUAACGUCACUCGUAACAGCUAAGAUCUGACGUAAGGCCCAGUCAAACUCUUCAUGAGUCAGUAUCAAUUAUUGAUAAGCAAAUUACAAUUGACACUAGCUUUUAUGCAACUGGUCGCAGCUCUGUUAUUUUAGCCCUACCAUGAUUCUUUGGUUAAAGUUUUUUUUAAUCCAAAUCAAGGAUUAAGUCUUAGAAGUAGAGCGUUCUACUUGUAAGAGUGUCCAUAGACCCUCAACCAUAUAUGGACUGCUACGAUGAACUAUGAAGAUUCACUGUUUUCUCUGAAAUGUUUUUGUUUGUUUGUUUGUUUUUUUUUUGGAGAGUAAAAUGCGUCCAGUAUUGUGAAAGGAAAGCUUUUCUGGGUAUUUUCAUUUUUGUUCAGUUAGCCAACGUUUUGUAACAAAAGUUGGCCUCAGUUUUAUCCUGACUUCUAAGCCUAUAUUUCUUGAGUUGUCAUCCAUACGUGAUAAUAGUGAAAUUCGUUCGUUCCUCUUUUCUUUUAUCUUUCUUUGUUUAUUGAUAAUGAUUGAAAGAAACAUAUCCAUUUAAAAACCAAGGAGAUAAUGUUCCGACGUUUCGGCGACCUCAUGACACCAUUAUCAAGGAACUGGAAAUAGAUAAAUGCGAUUCAAUCCAUGCUUAAGUCUUUAUCUAGCUCUCCUAACUUAUGCAAAUUUAGAGUACUUAAAUAAAUCUUUUUGAACUCGCAUUUAUUUAUUUCGCUGUCCUUGAUAACAGCGUCGUAAGGUCACCAAAAUGUCGCGGAACAUUAUGUCGUUAGUUUUUACAUGUCUAUCUUUCUUUGUUUCGUUUUAUUUUAGCUUGGUCCCUGGUUGGCCGUAGAAAUUCCUGAUCUCAUAGACAAAGGAUUGAUAGAAUACAAAGAAAAAACUGCAAGCAAAUAGUUGAACGAAAGUCAAUAAACAGUUUAAUGUAUAGAGGUUUGUGUGUAAGUUGUAAAUUUAAUUAAUCUCGAAGUGAAGAUUGAACUUGCAGACCUACGAGACCAAUUUUGAUUGAAACAAUGUAAAGAAAACAUUCACACAGUCACGGUACAUUGUUGAGUUGUACAGCCAAGCGGAAUUUAUUAACCUCAGAAGUACGAUAAGCACCUCUGAUAUAUCUUAAAAAUUUCCUCGUGGUUCUAGAAUUUAGCAGUUCACGAGGAACCUUUUUAGAUAUUUCUUGAUCUGAAAAUUAAUUAAUUCAUGAAUGAAGAAAAUGUAGAUGAAUUUAUUGUUUAACUACACAUGUACGUCUGAUAUAGACACAGUUGCGUUUCUGGGGAUGAAUGUUUUAGAAAACCCGGAGAAUCUACGAAAAAUGAAAAGAGCGUCUUUUCUGCCGUUCAAGAAUCUCGCAGUUUGUGGUAUUUAAGGUUUUGAACAGGUUAUUACCUUCAAUAAGAAGAAGAGCAGGCCGUUAUUGGAUCACCUCACCUGCCACAAUAAUAACCUGCUGGUUCCGAAACAGUCGAAAGGCCUAGUCAAACUCUUCAUGAGUCAUUAUCAAUUAUUGAUAAGCAAAUGCGCCUUUUUUUUUUCUGGAGACCUUUCAGUUACAACUAACACUGGUCUGACACUGGUCUGCUACGCGCUCGGUCAUUUUUUUUUCCUUCGGAGCUCUUUCAUUAUUCCAUAUAAAACACUCGGCUGUGCUUGCGUUUCUUUAAAACUUGAUGAAAUAUGAGCAACUUUUCUUCUCUGAGAACAAGACGGUUUUUUCUAUCAAGUCAUCUUUACAAGUCAACAUUAUUCUAGCUAAGUCCGAACCAAAAAUUGGGAAAGUCUAUCAAUGAGUUACCGGUCUGUGAUUUUAUUUUCGAUUAUAUUUUCAAUAAUAAAGCUUUGAAAUUAGAUCUUGGUUUAGAG